AUGACAUUCUCUGUGCGUAUAUUCCAAGUUGAGUAUAUCAACAACCCAGGUGAUCAAAACCAAGCACUAUUCGGAAUAUUCGUCAAUGACGGGUCUGUAGUCACUGGUAAUUCUGGAGCCACGGAUCCACCACCUGACACAGCCUGCCGGGUGAUCUAUGACAAUAGUCUUCUCAUCGGUCUUGGUUCAGUUUUCCUUUUCUCGCCAAAGCUCUUACGAGCUUAUUUGACUCAACCUUUCAGACCUUCUCUCACACCUGAUCAUCUCACUUGGCACGUAUGGCAAAAACUUCAACAUCUGAAUCCUACAAGCCCAAACCAUGACCCAAAUAAUCUCGGCGUACCUCCGCCAGAAGAUUUAGUAGCUCGAAGGCCAGGAAAACAAAAAGCUGAACAUAUCCCUCCCAAGAUGCCUUUACCCAAGAAGAUUAACCUCCAUUCGGAUGAAUUAUGA